AUGGUCAUCAAGAUACAUCCGUUCGGAUGGGGUUCCCUCUGCGUCGCCGGCGCCGGUGCCUACGUCUUCGCCAAGCGUGAAAUCAACGCCGACCGCCAGUCCAAGAUGGCCGAGCAGCGUCGUCGCAAAGAGGAGCAGCAGCAGCGGACCAUGGACGAGUACAACAACCGGACAGGCGGCACCUCGGCCACCCCGGCCCGUCUCGACACUGCCGCCUCUCCCAGUCAGGAGGGCAAUCACGAUCCUGCCCCUACCCGCCACGAGCCGGCCACGGAGGAGCAGCGCAUAGAGGAGAAGGGAAAGUAUGAGAGUAGUGUGCCGUACCGGAGCCGGAAGGGGGAUAGAUUCUCGUAG